AUGCGGAAUAGGCCAGUCGGCAAUGCAACGAGUUCGGAACUCAAAUUGUUGACGCGCUGUGCAGAUUUUGUUUACGUCUUGGCUGCACAUAAGACGUUCAGGAUCAAGCAAAAAUUGGCGAAAAAGCAGCGCCAAAAUCGUCCAGUUCCCCAGUGGAUCCGACUGAGAACCGGAAACACCAUCAGGUACAACUCGAAGCGUCGUCACUGGAGGAGGACCAAGCUCAAGUUGUAAAAUUUGAUUUUUGGUUCGAUUGAACUGUUGGAAUGGAAGGAGAACGCAGUAAAGAAACGCGUUGAAUGAACGGGGAA